AUGGCUUCUAACAUGCCAAUCCCUCAGCCUCCGCGCACCCCGACUCCGCCCUCCGCCGUCGACGACGUUCCCAAUCAACCUACCUUUCAGGCUCUGGACCGCGAUGCCCUAUCACCAUUAGUGGACACCUUUCCAAAAAGUGCCUCGCUAGAGACAGCGACGAAAGACCAUGUCAGCCCUAUGGUGCCCUCGUUCAAUCCGACUCUUGAGGAUGCUGCGAGCGACAGCGACGCGGCGGGACCCUUCAAUUUCAGUACGACGGUUAUGGCGAAAGGCCCAGUCCCAAAAUCGCAGAACAUUGGACAGCGGCGUGGCCACAAGUAUAAGCACAGUAGCAUUUCUCACCAGAUCUUCAUGGAGCCUCCGCCUCGUGCGCCCCUCGCUUUACCGAACUCGCUCCCCAUCCCCACACUCAAGGAAUACCGCAUCAGCAUGUCCAAGGAUCAGAAGACUCGUUUUUGGUGGAGUGUAUGCCACAUGUUCGUCGCGGCAUAUACUCUCUGGACCGCGCACGGGUCACUUGCGAUGACCGCACUGUCGCACUUGAUUCUAUUUGAUUCAUUAGGAGCUCUACUAUGUGUAGUUGUGGAUGUCCUAAGCAAUUUUGAAGUGUGGAAGCGAUCCAGCGUGCGACACCCAUUCGGUCUGGAACGCGCCGAAGUCCUGGCUGGGUUCGCCAUGUGCGUGCUCCUGCUCUUCAUGGGUCUCGACUUGAUAUCUCAUAAUCUGCAGCACUUGUUGGAGAAAGCCGGCCACGAGCCACACCACUCGCACGAGCAUGACCGAGUUUCCUUGGGCAGUGUGGACAUUACAGCCGUUCUUGCCAUCUCGUCGACUUUAGUCUCGGCAAUGGGGCUGAAGAACCAUGCGCGCAUUGGAAAAGCGAUGCGCUUUGCGUACAUUGAGUCUCUUCCGUCCGUCCUGAGCAAUCCCUCUCACUUUCUCACACUCUCGUGCUCAACACUUCUUCUUUUGCUCCCGUUGGUGUCCAUUCGCAUAUAUGAUUGGUUGGACAAGCUGCUUUCUGGAACCAUUGCCAUCUCGAUGUGCGUUUUGGGAACGCGCUUGGUGAAAACGCUUGGGUCCAUGCUUCUCAUGUCCUACUCUGGCCAGGGCGUAUCGGAUGUCAUCAAAGACAUCGAAGCAGACCCCUCUGUGUUUGGCGUUGACGAUGUCCGAUUCUGGCAGGUGCAUUAUGGACUGUGCAUGGCGAAUCUCAAGCUUCGGGUUACUGGCUCCGAUGAGAAUCUGGUCCGGCUUCGGGAGAAAAUCUCCAGUUUGAUUCGGAACCGCUUGGGUGGAGGAUAUGGCGGCGGAGGCCAGAAAUGGGAGGUGUCCCUUCAGUUCACCGUGGAGCGUACAUAG